AUGAGCACAUAUGAUUCAAUAUUUAAAUACUAUAUUUGGCUGUGUGUUGUGGUGGUGAGCGCGGAGAAGAGUGAAGUCAAAGUGAAAAUAGAUCAACUAGAAAAGUUGAUACUGCAAAACAAUGAACAACUGCUGCAGCUGGAAGCCAGCUGGAAUGCGGUUAGAAGUGCAAGCAUAGAUCAAACGGAGGCGCCUUGUGACACUUACAUCAAAGAGCAGCGGAGCCAGCUCAGUGCUUGCCAGGCGCAGGCAAAGGCAACGGCAGAGAAACUUAAGGAAAACGAAGAUAGCUGCGAAAUACUGCUGUAUAAUUUGACGAGCUGCAGAGUUAGUUUGGCCGACAGGGAAGAUCAGGCUCAAGUCUCGGAGUUACAUUUGCAGCUCAAAGCGAAAGAUGAUGAAAUUCUAAAGCUACGCAGGCAGAGCAAUGAUAACUUGCUGAAGCUGCGCGCAGAACAGCUCAAGUUGAGGGCUUACGACUCAGAGCUGGAGGAGUUCUUGCCGCAGAACUGCUUGCCCUUUGGCAGUGCCACGGGCAUCUACAGGAUCAAGCUGCCUGGUAUGGAUACCUUCUAUGUGCCGUGCGAUGCGCGCUUCGCUGGCUCCGGCUGGCUGGUCAUUCAGCGGCGCAUGGAUGGCAGCGUGGAUUUCUAUCGCAAUUGGACCGAGUAUCGAACUGGGUUUGGCUCGCUCAACGGCGAGUUUUUCAUUGGCUUGGAGAAGCUGCAUCGGCUGACCGCCCAGCAGCCCUUCGAGCUCUUCGUGUACCUGGAGGACUUUGAGGGCGAGGUGCGCUAUGCCCACUAUGAUAAUUUCAGCGUUGGCAGCGAACAGAGUUUCUACCAGCUGAACUCCCUGGGCAGAUACGAGGGCACCGCUGGCAACUCGAUGGCCCUGAAUGUCCUGCAAAAGUUUUCGACGGCGGACAAAGACAACGAUAGCUGGCAGGAGGGCAACUGUGCUCGCAGAUACAACAGCGCCUGGUGGUAUGCAUCCUGCUCAGCUUUCUGCAAUCCGAAUGGCAAGUACUUUAAGAAAAGGCAGCUUAGCUCCACUACACGCGGCAAAGGCAUCAUCUGGCAGCAAUGGCAUGGCUUCGAAGAAACACUCAAAUUCGUACAGCUCAUGAUAAGGCCCAUAUCAGCAUCAGUAUGAAAUGCUACAAAUGCAUAAGCAUACAUAUUUAUACAGAAAUAAGAAGCAUUUUUAUAAAUA